AUGUCGACGGGUGUUUUGCCAUUUGUAAAAGGAAUUGACUUUUCUUAUAAUGAUUUUUCGGGUGAUCGCUUUCCAGCACAAGUCGAACAUAUGACACAAAUGACAUGGCUCAAAUUGAAUCACACUUGUUUAGAGCGGGUACCAGAUGAGCUUUCUCGAUUAACUAAUCUUGAGCAUCUGCAAAUGAUAUCAAAUACAUUAACAAGCGUGCAUGGCGAGCUUUCUGAUUUACCACGCUUACGCUCUGUUAUUGUCCGGCAAAAUCAAAUUAAAACCUCAGGCAUUCCUACUGAUAUAUUUCGGAUGAAAGACUUGACAAUUAUUGACUUCAGUCACAAUAUCCUUCGUGAAGUACCUCCGAAUUUGGAGUACGCAAAGUGUGCAAUAGUUCUUAACUUAAGUCACAAUAAUAUCGAAAAUAUACCGAAUACAAUCUUUUCAAACCUUAUUGAUCUUUUGUAUUUGGAUCUCAGCAAUAAUAAGUUAGAAAUGUUACCACCUCAAAUACGAAGACUGACGACAUUACAAGUUAUUAGAUUAUCAAAUAAUCCGUUGCAUCAUUUUCAGUUGAAACAGCUUCCAAGUAUGAAAGCUUUACGAGUUCUUCAUAUGAGCAAUACUUCACGCUCUCUCGAUAAUAUUCCCCUUAUGUUGGAUGAUUUGGAUAACCUGCAAGAUGUUGACUUCUCCUACAAUAAUUUACCAGAAGUUCCGGAUUGUUUAUACAAAUUGAAAAAUCUUAGAAAGCUCGAUAUUAGUCAUAACCAAAUUGUAAAAAUUGAAUCUAAAGAUACUCCGUGGGAAAAAAUAGAAACAUUAAAUAUUUCCUCAAAUCAGUUGAGGGCAUUGCCCGAAUUUAUUGUACGGAUGGUCAAGUUGCAGAGAUUGUAUGCUAGCGAUAAUUUACUCACCUUUGAAGGUAUACCAAGCGGUAUCGGGAAAUUAGUUCAGUUACAAGUAUUGUAUUUAUCAUACAAUCAACUAGAGCUGAUCCCGGAGGGCGUUAGCCGAUGCGUGCGUUUACGUCGCUUGAAACUAGAUCAUAAUAAGCUUAUUACUUUGCCUGAUUCAAUUCAUUUAUUGCCUGACUUGAAACAGCUUGAUUUACGGAACAAUGAAGAACUUAUUAUGCCACCUAAACCGAACGAAGGAAAGCGAUCAUUGUGUUUUUAUAAUAUUGAUUUUUCCCUCGCAAAUCAGAUGAAGCUUGCUGGACAAAGUCCAUCAUCAUCAGUGAGUUCACUUCCCAGUUCAGCGACUCAAAAAGAUCCAGUUGCAAGGAAAAAAGAAUUUUUACGGAGACGUCGAAUGCAAGCUGAUAGUCAAGAUGCUACUAAAGUUAUUGAGGGAAUGUCACAUAUUGCUGGUGCAGCACGAGAUCAGCUAGAGCAUGAAUCUCCAGUAGAUUAUAUUAAAGUUCCUUCUUGGAAGGAUAAAAUGGAACAGCAAAAACCAAAUAUUGAUUAUAGUGACGUUUUUGAUGAAGAUGUUGGACAGAAUGAAGGAAUGUGGGUUUGGGAAAUUGAGAAUUUUUAUCCUAGCUUACUGGAUCAAUCAAUGCAUGGACAUUUUUAUGAUGCUGAUUGUUACCUCAUACUUAAUACAUCCAAAGAGGAAUCUGGAGCUUUGAAACAUGCUAUUUUUUAUUGGAUAGGAGAAAAUUCAUCAUUAGACAAGGGAAUGUGUGCAGCCGUUCAUGCCGUUAACUUACGAAAUUAUUUAGGGGCUACGUGCAGGACGGAACGUGAAGAAAUGAAUGAUGAAUCAGAUGAUUUUUUGGAAUUAUUUGGUGAAGAAAUUACAUAUAUUGAAGGAGCUCGGACAGCCUCUGGUUUUUACACUGUUGAGAAAGCUGCGCACGUUACUCGUCUUUAUCGUGCUUAUGUGAAUGGAAAUGCGGUUGAGAUGGAGCCAGUACCAGUAUGUCCGGACAGCUUAGAUCCACGAUAUGUUUUCCUACUCGAUGCGGGCAAAACAAUUUGGAUUUGGAGUGGGCGAAAAGCAAGAAUAACCGUAUCGAACAAAACUCGUUUGUUUGCUGUAAAAAUGAACAAAAAGGAUAGAAAAGGGAAAUCUGAAAUCGAAUCCUGCACAGAACUGCGUACACCAGAAGGAUUUUGGAUGGCUUUAUAUGGUCAGCCGCAUAAGCCACAGGAUCCAAUAGUAGAACAUGUUGAUGAUGAAUUUAUCCCGGAAAGGAAGCGUUUAUAUCAGGUUCAAAUUGGUAUGGGUUUUUUAGAACUGCCUCAAAUAGAACUCGAACAUAAUGUUUUGAAGCAGGAUAUGCUCGACACGAAAUGCGCUUAUAUUUUGGACUGCACGUCAGAUAUAUUCCUGUGGUUAGGGAAAAAAGCUAGUCGAUUGGUGAAGAUGGCAGGACAAAAAAUGGUGGUGGAAUUGCAUACAAUGUUGCAAAGACCGAAUUACACAGUAAUAUCUCGUGAAACAGAAGGAGAAGAAUCAACCAUAUUUAGAUCGAAAUUUCAAGGUUGGGAUGACAUUGUACCUUUUGACUUUACGCGCACUGCAGAAAAUGUUCAGAGAAGAGGAGCUGAUUUAAAGGUAAUUAUGGAACGUGACAAAGUCAAAACUGAUUUGGCUCCUUUGUUCUUGCCGCGGCAGCCAUCAAUGACCGAAGAGGAAGCAAAUCAGAUGAUGGAAGAAUGUAAUGAGGAUCUUGAACUUUUGGAACCAUUUGUUUUACAGGAAGGAAAAAAGUUUGUUCGUUUACCCCAAGAAGAACUCGGUACUUUCUACACGAUGGAUUGCUAUGUAUUUCUUUGCCGUUAUGAAGUUAUACCGGAAGAAGAAACUGAUUUAGAUGAGGAAGUGGGAUCUGAUGAUUCAACUGAUGGUAAUGGUGCCGUUCAGGUACCAGAAGAAAUUCAAGAAGAUUUCAAAUGUGUGGUAUACUUUUGGCAAGGUCGCCAUGCAAAUAAUAUGGGAUGGCUUCACUUCACAUUUAGUUUACAAAAAAAAUUUGAAGGUCUUUUUAAAGACAAAUUGGAAGUUGUGCGUAUGUAUCAACAGCAAGAAAAUCAUAAAUUCCUUUCUCAUUUCCAUAAAAAGUUUGUCAUUCGGCGUGGUCGAAGGGGUUUAAUGAUGAGUCUUGGAGGGCAUUGGCCAGAGUUAUUUUUAAUGCGAGCAAACGGUUCAGCUGUGUGUACACGAACUGUUCAAGUCGAUUGUGUAGCUAAUCAACUCAAUUCUGCUUUUUGUUAUAUUCUUCGUGCUCCAUUCAAAGCGCCUGAUAGUGAUAAUACAAAUGGUAAAGUAUUCGUAUGGUGUGGCUGUAAGAGUGAUCCAAAUCAGCAUGACCUCUGUUUGCAGGUUGCAAAUGAGUUGAUUAAUCGAAACAGCGAGUUUCCAGUCCAAGUAGUGAAGGAAGGUGAGGAGCCGGAAAAAUUUUGGGAAUGUCUCGGAGGCCGUAAAAAAUAUGACACUAAUGGAGACUUUUUAAAUUUCACUAGGCUCUUCCGUUGUACAAACGAGAAAGGAUAUUUUGCUGUAUCGGAAAAGACCGUUGAUUUUUGCCAGGAUGAUCUGGACGAUGACGAUAUCAUGAUUUUGGAUAAUGGAGAUAUGGUGUUUCUCUGGAUGGGACAUCAUGCUAGCGAUGUGGAAUUAAAAUUAGCUUACAAAGCUGCUCAGGUCUAUGUUGCUCAUAUGAAAAUGAAGCAGCCUGAAAGACCACGAAAAUUAGUACUAAGUUUAAAAGGACACGAGUCUCGAAGAUUCACGAAAUGUUUCCAUGCGUGGGGCAAGCAUAAAGUUCCUGCUGGAGAUGAAAUAUAG